AUGAUUAAGGUUGACUCAAUCAAACGAAUAAUAAAAAAUAUAUCCAAAAAAAUCUCGCUUUUAAAUGCUAAUGCAAAAGCAUCAGAUAUGGUUAUUAUUGCUAAUUUCAAAACUUAAUCAUAGUAUGAUUAAGUGAUUAAUCAUAGUAUGAUUAAGUGAAUGAUCUAAUUUAUAAAUAUAAUGUUUAGAAUGUAGAAAUAAAACCUUUAUUGGAAACCUUUUCUUUAACAAACAAUACUGAUUCUAAAAUAACUAUGAUUGCAAAUAGUGACACACGAUAAAGAUAUAGAUUGAUCUUGACUGAACUUAGAAAUAUCAGAGAAUAUAAAAGGAAUCCUGAAAAAUUCAUUUAUAUGGUGUAGGGUAUUACUCCAGAAUGAGGAGGUGGACCAUAUACUUUGAUCCAUACAAAAUAUUAGGCCUUAAUUAGAGAAGAACAAACGACAUAUAAGAACUACCUAAUGACACUAUUUCACAUCUGAGUUUGCUGUUGCCUUCCCUUUUUGUUAAAUGGAUUAUCUAAUAUUAAUAAUAGUGA